CGCCGAGCCGCAUUUCAAGUCACCGCCGCUGAGCUCGGCCACAGCUCCCAUCUCCCAGUAGACCUUGACCGUCCUUCUAAACACUCAGUCAUGGUCGGCGCUCGCAAUGGGAAGGCCGCGGCCAGCAAGUCGCGCUCGGGAAGCAGCCAGCAGCCAACAGCUUCCUCGUCGUCUCCCGCGCCUCCUCCACCAGCCGCUCCCGGGGGAAGGGCGGAUGGUCAACCACCAGUGGCGGGCCCAGCGGAGAGCAUUUCGACGCGACAACGACGCGUGCUUCCCGCGCGCACGCGACGCGGCGGGCCUGGAGUGGGGAGCUGCGAAAGCGAUUUAAUGAUCCUGGAGACGAUGAAGCGCAGGUUUGAGAGCGAGCCCCUCAUCCCAGCAACGACGCCCUUCUUGUUGACGACCAACUCCACGCUCAUCUCCUCUCUCGCCUCCGACGCAGGCGCAUCGACGUCCGAGGCGGCCCACGCGCAACUCAACACGCUCGCGUACAGCCGCUACUUCGACCGGCCGGAAGUGCGCAAGGCGUAUAUGGAGCAGCAGCUCAUCCAGACCCCAGAGUUCACGGAGCUUCCCCAGGAUGCGCACGUUGGUGGCCGCUUCCGCCCGCGGAACUCGGAAGACGACACGGCAGACACGUCUGACGCGGCGUACGAGAAGCGCCACCGCAAGUACGAGACAUUUGAAAAGCGGCAGCGCCUGCGCGAGAAGGAGAAGCUCAAGCACGAGCACUACAAGCUCAAGGAGCGCAUCGAGCAGCUCCGCGCCAUGGACUCUUCUGCGUUCCUCGCCAUCCCCGCCUCUGAGUUCGCGGACACCCCGGGCUGCGGGCCCGAAGCGGCGGCGGCUGCUGCUAGUGGGGACGCGGCGAACCUCCACGGGGCUGCGGCAUACCACGAGGGCGAGCGGAGGCGGAAAGUGAUGUUGGAUGUCGCGAUGUCGCUGGAGGAGCGGUACCGGACGCUCCUGCCGCCGGAUCGACGGUGGAUGGAGAAGAAGGGGACGCCGAAGGGCAAGGGCGCUUCGGUGGAGGUCGUUGAGGUCAAGCACGAGGACGAUACCGUGGAGGUUGAGGAGGACGCGGGUGUGGAAGAACUACCUGAAAAGGAGGAAGUGGAAGAAGACGCUGGGGAAGAGGAGAUGGAGGAAGAGGAUGAACUCAUCGAGGACGAGGCGGACGACGAUGGCGAGUCCGAAGUCGACCCCGACGAGAGCGAUCGGCGCAAGUCGAAGCAGCUCAAGCUACGCAUCAAGUUCCCUCCACGGAUGCUCUCCUCCAAGCGGCAGUCUCCCAAUCCACUCCCAACACGAGGAGGCGGGAAGCAGAUCACACUAUCUCCCUUCUUCAAGCAUACGUCUGGUGGCAAAGGCCAUACGACAAGCUCCCCUCUACGUUCAGCGUCGUACGUACCCACGGACAAGUACGGUCGAUACUCAGAGGACCCCGAAGACGCCCUCCCUCCACCACCAUCUGCCAAGCGACAACGCAUACACGACGAAUCCGCUUCCGCAGCCAUCAAGGCGGCAAAAUCCGCCCAAAGCUCAAAGUGGUCGAAGGCCCCGAAAGCGGCCAACGGCAUAGACAAACGACACACCCACAGCGCAGAGUCGCGCACUGCUUCAUCAGCGGGUAGGCCCUCGCCCACUAUCACUAGCGCUAGUGCAUACUCGGCCAGGAGAUCUUACACGUCAUAUGCAGGCCUCGCGGGCAAGAAGGACGCGAACCCGUGCGUGCUCAUGGUUGCCGCGCUGCGCCAGUCGAGCGCGCCGACGGCGCGCAAGACGCAGAGGCACGUCACCGCGUUCGGGUGCCGCGUACCGCAGGAGAUCGAGGAGGUGCGCGACUUCGAGAUCCCCGAGUGGGUUCUGGUGGACGAGAGCGCGAGCCAGGCGGGCGGCCAUCACGGUGAUCGCGAGGGGUCGUAUUCUACGCACAACGAGCAUGGAGAAGACGAAUCGUCCAUUGAUGACUCCGGAACAUAGUCUGUCUGCACGACGCGCUUCUCCUCUCAGAUAGGUCGUAUAGCCAUUAACCGUUAUUUUCCCGUCGUAGCGUAUGUAUAGCGUAUGUACCAACCCAGGCUGCUAAUACCCCAUCUGAGCCGUUCACGCAGACACCUGCGGAGCGCUCUUGCCAACAAACUUCUCUACCACCGUCAGCGCGUCACUGCGCCUCUUAGGCGGGACUGCCCGGUUAUGGCUCAAGGUGAACUCUGCAAGCUUCAGAGGCCCCAGCUUCCCGACGUCGGUUGUGAGGUAGGGCUUCGGCGCAUAGCGAGAAUAGUCCCCGGCGGCCUUCUCCAAGAGCAAUUGAACGCGAGCUUGGGAAGGAGUGACGUUCUUCGCUGAGGGAGCGGAUGCGAUGGGAGAGCGCGUGUGCGCAGCGGGGGGCCCAAAGAGCUCCUUGAGGUCGCCAAGUAGCACUUUCGGCUGCAGCUUCGAGGACGAGGGGGCAGAGCACGGCUUCGCAACGUCCUUGCUUUCCUGCGACUCGGCGGAUGCAGCAUCCUGCUGACCCCACUGGCGCGGGGAUACUGGGCGUGGCCUGGCGUAGGCAGGUCGGCCUUGCUGGUCUCUGUUCCGCGGGCGGUCUUGUUGUGGGCGGGGACCAGAGUACGCCUGCCCGUCACGACGGGGACCGUUAUUCGGGCGGAGCGAACGUGGUCGUUGAUACUGCUGCUGCUGCUGCUGCUGCUGCACCUCUACGCCGCCCUCCCCCUCCCGAGGCUGCGGCCUUGGUCCGCGAUUCCAUUUCUGACCCUUUUUCUUCAAAACAGAUAUAUUCCCCAGGCUCUCCGCGAGAGGUAUUGCCCUCUUUUUGGGGGCGGGUGCAGCUUCGGGUUGUCCGUCAGAGCUCGCUUGCGUCUGCUGAGGUGCUGCUGCUGCUUCCGAAGAGUUGAAUCGCGCGCAUGAAGGAAUGCUUCGCGCAGACGGAACCGCAGUUCUGGAUACGAAGGCCGCAGUAGAGGGCAGUGAAGAGGACAGACGGAUGAGCAUGGCCCAAGAGCGUCCGCAGGACACAGAUGGUCGUCGGUGUGCUGGAC